CAUCUGGCGGAGUCAGGUUAGGAGAGGAAGGCAAGGUGCAGCAGCCUGUACGAGCCAACUACAUGCAGGGUUAUCCAAUCACCCAACACACGAAGGCCGUUCUGAUCAACUGGCUGGUCCAGGUUCACUCCAGGUUCGAGCUGCUGCAGGAGACCCUGUACCUCACAGUUGCUGUCCUGGAUCCUUUUCUCCAGGUCCAGCCAGUCACUCGCAGAAACCUGCAGCUUGUAGGCGUGACUGCCAUGCUGGUGGCCUGUAAACCUGAGGAGAUGUCCAUUCCCACGGUCAGAGAGAUGGAGGGGGCCUCGGCUUCCAGUAAAGUGACGUCUGCCUAUCCCUUAAACAGAGCCUAUCACCGGUUUCCCCUCCUCCCCGCUGGGAGAAGUGGAACACGAGACGCAGAUCGGGUGGUGGUGGCCCCCCCACCACCACCAGGGCCCUUUUCCUGGACCUGCCGGACAUUAAAAAGGCGGCGGACCUGAGAGGCGUAGCGCUCCCAGCGGAGCUUCCAGCUGUUAUGUCUCGUCAAGUUUGUUAAGUUUAGUUACUCAUUUUUUGUCUCGUUCUGCACUGCCCGUUUUAUUUUGUAUUUACCUUUCCCUCUUGUUUCAGAUCCUGACUCCCCCCUUUGUGUGAGUUUCCUGCCGUUGUGAUUGUCUACCCCGCCCCUGAUUGUUUUCACCUGGGCUCCCCUAACCUCUUGUAUAAAUAGUCCUUGUCUCCCUUUGUCUUGUGCCAGUUUGUCUUGUCUCCGUGUCUCUUGUCGACGUUCCAGCCAGGUUAUAUACGCCAUUAAGUUAGUUUAUUAUCCUCCUUGUGAGCGCCUUUUGUUUAAACCAUUUUUUCUAGUAAAGACUUUAUUUUGUUUAACUUUCAA